UCCAUGGACUGAGAGGAAAGUCUCUAUUUGCUUUUUUAGUCGUAGAGAGUUUUUUUUUUCCCUCGGAGCUCUUGGUGAGCAUGGCUUUGGCUGCGGCUUUUGACUGCGUAAGAGCGAUGGAAGGAGCGCAGUUCGACAAUUUGUGUAAAAUAGAUCCGUGUGGAAGAGGGAGCGCAACAGGUGGCGCAGAUAACGCGCUCAUCGAAGUGGAGUUCAGUAUUGUCCAAUCUCCUCUUGUUCAACCUAAAGACGACGACGAGCUGGGGAAGCUUUUGGAUUUCGAGUUCAUAUUGUCUAACAGCAUCGGUUUAGAGGCUGGAAACAACAACAACAAAUACAGCGGCGGUGACGGUAACAUUUCCCCCCCGCAGCAGUGCGCAUAUUCCUUACCGGAUUCCCCAGAUAGCUGCGGGGGUAGUUCUGUGCCAGACUGCACCGAUCACCCCUCCUCUCACCUGGCCGCACAAAACUACCAAGGAUCAGUGUGUUUCUCCCCCGUCCAGAGUCUCAUGGCUGAACUUCUCACUCCAGAGAUGAGCUACCCUCCUGAGGCGUCACCGGACAAAGUGAGAGACGCGCGAGAGUACACGGAACUGCGCUCGCUUAACCAGGUCCCGAUGAACCCCGCUCACCAUCCGACGCUUGGAUACAAAAUCAAGACCGAACCCAUGAGCCAGUCGUGUAUGAUGACGGCUGUUAACGGGAACUUUAUGGGGCAGAUGUACGAGAAACAACACCAGCUGCGCGCGGGGCCUCCAUCCGCUUUUACGCACCACCAGGCGACAGUUCCAGUGGCGCUACCGGGGUUCGGUGCGCACUCCAUGCAACACCCUCCAGCGCAGGGACGCACGGAUUGCCAUAUGACACAAAUGAACUCUCCUCACCACCAAUCUAAUCCACACCAUGUCCAAAACCAGUACGUGAACGCGCACUACCAGCCUCAGUACGCGCCACAGUUUCACGGACAGUAUAACGUGCACAGAGAAUCCAUGCGCGUUCACCAGCAACAUCAUCCGGCUUCUAUGCAAGGAAUGAUGCUCACCCCUCCCUCGUCGCCGUCGAUGAUGGAGUUCUACGCGCCCGAUGAUGUUGGCUCCAUCAAGCAGAAGCGGGGGCGCAAGUCGUGGGCUAGAAAACGCGCCGCUACGCACAACUGCGAAUUCCCAGGAUGCGGGAAAACUUAUACUAAAAGUUCUCAUCUUAAAGCUCAUAUGAGGACACACACAGGUGAGAAGCCUUAUCAUUGCAACUGGGAAGGCUGCGGAUGGAAGUUUGCAAGGUCAGAUGAGUUGACCCGUCACUUCAGAAAACACACAGGCCAUCGUCCUUUUCAGUGCCAUCUUUGUGAACGCGCAUUUUCACGCUCUGAUCACUUGGCUCUUCACAUGAAGCGACACAUGUAGACCAUCUCAAACCGCCAUGGGAUGAUGAAGCGCACUGUUGGACAUUUUGUGCAUCUGGCCAAAGCUAAUGGAACAGCAUGUUCAUCUGUAUACUACUGUUCCUACAGGGUGUUGUACAGAGACUGAAGCAUUACAUGACACUUUAUGGUAUUCCCCACCAGCACCACGGUGCCUAUGUGUUUUUCAAAGGGUUGCAGUGUAGCUACCAGUGUGUCAAGUGCCUCUAAAGAUGUAUUUUUUUCUUUUUUUUUUUUUUUUUUCCUUUUGAAUUUUUUUUAAACAUAGCUCUGCAUAUGGGCUACACUGCAAAAAUCAA